AUGGCUAAAACAGAGGAAGAAAUGAUCGAAUCUUCAACUCCAACGCUCAAUCAUAGGAGUGUGGAAAUGUUAGAGGCCUUUGUGAAGCGAAUUACUGCGAUUAAUGAAACACUAACCCUCUCAGUUGCCCAACUUUCCAUUCUGAUCGAUUUGGAGUUACAUCAACUGCGCCAAAUCUAUAAGGAACUCGGGAUGUCAGGCAUUCCUGACAAUUUCACCCCUGAAGAAUGGCUCCUUGCCAUCGAAAGCGGUUCUUUCCCUAGCAGUCCAAGGCCUAAAGAAGAACCACAGUCAGAGCCAGAAAGUGUUACUGAUAUGGGGCUUCAAUCUGAGAAUGAAGAAGAAAGAAUACCUGCCAAAGAGGAAUUUAAACUUGAAAAUCCUAUUGAAUCUACACUUCCAUCACCUUCCAGAGAUCUGGAAUCACCAAAACCCGAGGAAAAAAUCGAAGCAGAACCCUCUCUGGAGGAUUCUUUUGCUUUCUACUUCGAGAAUGUCGCCGCAACUAUCCGAAAGAAGAGCAAAGAGAGCAUCUCUGACGAAUGUAGUAUGAAACUAAUUCUACCAGGAUUAAUUUGUAAUUUGCCCUUUUUAGCAAAAAUGAAAGAUAGUCAUUUGAAAUCUCUUGGUUUGGACGUCGAGCGACUUGAAUACGAGUUGAGACAAUCCGUGCGUCUUGAAGAACGUCGUUGGCAUGAAAAUGAUGCCAAAUUGAGAGCCGUCGAGCAGAAAGUCGCUACUUAUGACGAAUUUAAAAAUAUGGUUGAUGCAUGCGAGCUACAACCGUUAACUUGCAAAGAUGUUCAAGAAGCUAAUAAACAGAAUACGGGUUGGGCUCGUAAUUUUUCAGCCACUGCCUAUUCAAUCCCCAAAAUUAAUAAAGACAUCCCUUAUUCAGAAGGAACCCCUAUCAAACAAUUCAACCGGAUUGAUGAAUUCAUGCUAUGUUGGAAUGGCCUUGCAAAGAGUCAAUCAAAUAUUGAUUUGUUUACGUUAUUGGAAAGGCAGUCUGACGAGUUGUUGAAAGAAACGUUUGCGUCCAGUGCAGGACUUUCAAUUCUUUCAAGGGUUCUAAAUUGUCUCCAAGAUGCAAUUUCGAGAGAUUCUUCCUCUGUCAUUCGGUUACUAAAAGCCAUUGGAUCAAGCAAAAACUUUGUCUUAACCACCACACUAAUGUCGGAUGAGGAAUUGAAUUUAGUAAAAUUGAUAUUUCAGACCCUUGAGGAGAACUCUGAGGUAUCAAUAGAUGGACAUUUGCGAAGUCUAUGGAUUUCUGCUUAA